AUGAAAUCCGCCAAAGUCUUGGUCGCCCUGUUCCUAUACGGGUGUUGCAUGAUCCGAGAAUGCCUUCAACACGACAAUCCUGAACCCGUCAAAACGGCCCUGCUGCAAACGUGGGCUGAAAAGUUAUAUUUUGAAUUAUGGAACUGCGGAGAAUACAUAACUAAUCGAAAAUCACUGCAAAGUAAAUAUAACAAAGAAGCCAAAUUAGAAGGAAGAAAUGGACAAAUUUUGGUAGCAAACAUUUCGAGUGUCAUUAAAUCAAUGAUGGAUAAAAAACAACAAUCUUUAAAAAGAAUUUUGGAAAGCGUUGAACAAGUUGCAGUUUCAGCCCACGACGAUGCACCACCGGGUGAUGAAUAUAAGGUUCGAAAUGCAAAACCAAAGAAAGCUACUCCACAUACUAACAUAUUAUUAAAUGAUCUGAAAGAAAAUUCACAUUUUUACCAUACUCCUGUAAACGCUACAUAUAGUUCUGUACACAUACCAACUUAUGUUUAUGACCGGGCGGCUGAUGUAAUCAAGGCUCUCAAAUGGUCAGAAAACUUGGAUGUAGCAUUUAGAAAAAACUACGAAAUAGAUCCUAGAUUGUCGUGGCAGUAUUUUGGAAGUACAACUGGUUUCAUGAGACAAUUUCCAGCAAUGGAAUGGCCAGAUAAACCAGAUAAUACAGAAGAUUUGUACGACUGUCGAAUGCGUCCUUGGUACGUAGAAGCAGCUGCCAGUCCUAAAGAUAUUCUUAUAUUAGUCGAUAAUUCUGGGUCAAUGAUGGGACAAAGUAAAAUCAUUGCCAGGCACGUGAUAAAUACAUUAUUGGAUACAUUAUCAGUGAACGACUACGUGAAUGUACUUGUAUUUAGUAAUGUAACGAAUGAAGUCGUCCCGUGCUUCAAAAAUUCACUCGUACAAGCUACACUUGCAAACAUCCGAGAGCUAAAAUUAGGUGUGGAAAAUAUUGCCGAUCCAAAUAAUAUCUCAGAUUUUAGUAUAGCGUUAACUAGGGCGUUUGAAACACUUGAAAUGUACCGUGAACGAAAUAUGGGUGCUAUGUGUAACCAGGCCAUCAUGUUGGUCACUGAUGGUGUACCAGAAAACUUCUAUGAACUAUUUAAAACACAUAAUUGGAAGAAUGGUACAAUGGGUAUGCCAGUAAGAGUAUUUACGUAUCUAAUUGGUCGAGAAUUGCCUGAAAUAAGAGACAUGAAAUGGAUGGCUUGUGCAAAUCAUGGGUAUUUUGUUCAUUUAAGUACGGUAGAAGAAGUUCGAGAACAAGUGGUACACUAUUUACCGGUAAUGGCUAGGCCCUUGGUGUUGCACCAAUCCCAUCAUCCUGUUAUUUGGACGCCGUUAUACGCUGAUGUUACUGAUCCAAAAAUGACUGAUUAUCUAUGGGAAAAAGAAGAAUGUCAACAACAGUUUCAUGAUACGAUUAGUUAUAAAGAAACAAAAGACAAAUUUUUCUAUCCUAAGAAUAGAGCAAAACGAGAACGAGAUCGAAAAAAAAAAGAGUUGGAUCAAAAUUUAAACGUGAAUAGACAAAAAAAACACAAUUUAAUAACGUCUCUUGCGAUGCCGGCAUUCGACAAAAAAACUGAAAUGACAAAAGUGGCCCAUUUACUUGGCGUUGUCGGAACUGAUGUUCCCGAAGCAGAUUUACGAGAAGCCAUGUCACCUCACAUAUUGGGUGUCAAUAACUAUGCAUUUAUUGUUACUAACAACGGUUUCAUUGUCACACAUCCAGAUCUCAGACCAGUAUUUGGAGAUAUUUUGAAGCCAAAUUACAAUAGCAUCGAUGUGACUGAAGUGGAGCUAGUAGAUUCCGACAACAUCGCAAGGGUGUUUGAUCGAAGUAUACUCACGCUUCGUGAUUAUAUCAUCAAUCAAACAACUGGCGAUCGAGAAAUUACUGUGAAGUAUCAUUACGACGAUAUGAGACGUGCGAUAACAGCAGAGAGGCAUUAUUAUUAUUCAAUAGUUGAAGGAACGCCGUUUACAGUUGUGGUUGCUUUACAAGAAAAGCACUUCGGUUACAGAGUCAAAAUACCAGACAGAUUUCAAAAUCUUAAUACAACAAGAUCAUCCCUUUUGGACUAUUUCAAAGACGACGAGUGGAGAGUUCAUCCAGAUUGGCUUUAUUGUCGAUAUGCUUACGAUGAUGGAGAUGAUACGUCAUUUAAAACCCCUGAAGAUGAACUUCGGCAUUUUUUGAAGCGAAUCGCCAAGACUGAUAAUACUUGGAAUAAAUGGCCACCUCCGAGAUUUUACAGUGAAUCAUACGACUCAAAAGGGGCGACAUUGCCCGAAGAAAAAUUCGAUGGCAAAUGUUAUUGUGAUAAAGAUCUUAUGCUUAGUUUGAUAUACGACGCCAAUAUAACUAAAGGUAUUUUUACAGAAGCUAAAAAUGAUACAGAAAAGAAAAAAAAUCCAGCAGCGGUCUUGAUGAGUUUAUUACCAAGAACUGAAUUUGAAAAGAGAUUUGGAGUGACAUUGGCUUUUGUUGCUACCCAUAGUGGUCUUACCCGAUGGAUGGAUUAUGAAGACAAAUCCAAGACGCCUCUCAAUUCCGAUGACCAUGAAAAACAACAACCACAUUUCAUUGACGAGAACGUUUACUCUAUCGAAGAAGUAUGGUAUAGAAGGGCGGUUGAGUACAACAUGGUAAACGACGAAAGCUAUGUAUAUUCUGUACCAUUUGAUAAUGAAAACAUUAAAUCAACAUUGGUAACAGCAAGUCAAGCGGUUUUCGUUACGAGUAAAGAAAAUAAAAAGAAAGCUGCCGCUGCAGUUGUCGGUUAUCAAUUCAGACAUUCGGCUCUUCAAGAAUUGUUUUCUAACAUUACAAAACAGUGUUACUCAGAAACUGGUUGUACACCGGCAAAGGACACUUGUCAAUCCAUAGAACGAGACUGUUACAUACUUGACAACAAUGGUUAUAUUAUUGCAUCGGAAAAUGCAAUGGAUACUGGAAAGUUCUUCGGUAACGUCAAAGGACCAAUUAUGACUAUGAUGGUAAACGAAAAGAUAUACAACAACAUAACAAUAUUUGACUAUCAAGGAGUAUGUUUUAAGCGAGAAAAUGAAGACGAUUCGAAUAGUUCAUCGUUUUUGUAUACUCCGAUACAUCAUUUAAAGCAAUUAAUUGGAUGGCUAAUAGGGCGUGUGUUAUGGUUGGCUGCUCAUUCCAAUUUUCAAUGGAUGUUGUCUCAGGCUCAAGCCAUAUUCGAAGAUGUUCCAGACUACCAAGAAGAUGAAGAAAGUAUCUAUUCUGCCGAUACUUUAGCCAGUUUUAAGAUUGAAGGUGAAAAAGCAUUAAAAUACGUUAGAAUUAAUCGAACUCGACCGAAAUCUUGCGACCGUGUCGUCAAUUUGUACACGCUAACUUCGAAGAUUCCAGAAAAGGUUGAACAUAAAUCUAUGUGUGCCAGGCCUUAUGAAUUGCGAAAAAUAAUGAACACCAACCUUAUCUUACUGGUCGUUAAUGGACGUUGUCCAGAAACAACGAAAGCCGAAAAUUUCGAUACCGUGCCAAAGGAAGUUGAAUAUGGAGAGUUCAAUAAUUCGUUGAAUUGUCACAAAGCGUUUUAUAGUUUACCACGCCGUAGACCUAAAACCGCUUGCAUUAGGACACAUCCAGACGAGCACGAAAUUUACGACAAAAUGUGUGGCAAGGGUACAAUAACUACAGUUACGCCAAUAACUUUAUCAAUAGUUUUUUUUUCUAUGUUUAAUUUUAUAAGGUUUUUAUAA